GGGCGGAAGCCUCCGUUUGACUCAGCCUAGCCCAACCCAAGCUAACUAGGGAGGAGCCUAUACCACGAGCGGAGGACGGACGAGGCGGGCGUCAAGAUGGCGGCGUCCGUUGAGGUGGACCUGCAGCCUUUUCACCUGGAGCAGCUACCCACCGAACCGUUGCUGCUCAUCUUGAGUCUUCUGGAUUAUAGGGAUCUUAUGAGCUGCUGUUGUGUAAACCGUAGAUUAAAUCAGAUUUCAAAUCAUGAUCCAUUGUGGAGGAGGCACUGUGAGAAAUACUGGCUUGUGUCUGAAAAUGAGAAAUCUCAGAGAAAUAGGAGCUGGAAGGCAAUAUUUAUGGAUAUGUAUUCCAGUUUAGGAAGGUAUAUUCAGUGUUAUGCUAUACUUAAAAAAGCCUGGGAUGAUUUGGAAAAACAUUUAGCACAGUGCUGUCCUCGGAUGAUUGGUUCUUUGAAAGACAGUGUGCAGGAGGAAGACCUGGAUGCUGUAGAAGCACAAAUUGGUUGCAGACUUCCUGAUGACUAUCGGUGUUCAUUUCGGAUCCAUAACGGACAGAAGUUGGUAGUUCCAGGUUUGAUGGGAAGUAUGGCACUUUCCAAUCAUUAUCGUUCUGAGGACUUGUUGGACAUUGACACAGCAGCUGGUGGUUUUCAGCAGCGGCUUGGAUUGAAACAAUGCCUCCCGUUAACCUUUUGCAUUCACACUGGAUUGAGUCAGUACAUGGCUUUGGAGAGCGUGGAGGGUCGCAAUAGUUAUGAGAUCUUCUACCAAUGUCCAGAUCAAAUGGCCCGGAACCCCUCUGCAAUUGAUAUGUUUAUUACAGGUAGUUCUUAUUUGGAAUGGUUCACCUCUUAUGUAAACAAUGUAGUAACUGGAGGCUAUCCCAUCAUCAGGGACCAGAUAUUCAGAUACGUCCAUGAUAAAGAUUGUGUAGCAAGAACAGGAGACAUUACUGUUUCAGUCUCUACAUCAUUUCUACCUGAGCUCAGUUCUAUACAUCCACCUCAUUAUUUCUUCACUUACAGAAUCAGAAUUGAAAUGUCCAAAGAUGCACUUCCAGAGAAGGCUUGUCAACUGGAUAGUCGAUACUGGAGAAUAACUAAUGCUAAAGGUGAUGUAGAGGAGGUUCAGGGCCCAGGAGUUGUAGGAGAAUUUCCAAUAAUAAGCCCUGGUCGAGUUUAUGAAUAUACUAGCUGUACAACAUUUGCCACUACAUCAGGGUAUAUGGAGGGAUACUAUACAUUCCAUUGUCUCUACUACAAAGACAAAUUUUUUAAUGUCACCAUUCCUAGAUUUCAUAUGGUUUGCCCAACAUUCAAGGUAUCCACAGCACGCAUGGAAACCAGUCAUAAUGAAUGUGCUAUGGAUGAGGAUGAAGACUCAACAGACACUUAUGAAUAUGAAUAUGACUAUGAAGACAGGCAUAGAAUGCUAGACAAUCCUGAUUUUUCUUGACGUUGCCCAUGGCAAACCUGAUCAAACUUUUCAAAAAUUGUUGUACAUUGAAAGUGGAUUCCAAGGGGAAUAACUUGUAUGAAUAUUUCUGAAUACUAUAAAUAACAAGCAGUGGAGCAGUUAUCAUGAAUGCUGGUGCUAAUUCCAUCUUGCUUCUGACCAGAUAUACAAAAGGAUAUUUUUAAAAAUAUGAUGUUUUGGAGAAAAAUUGUGGGGUGGAGACAAAUGUAGGAAAUCAGUAGUGUGGUAAGGUUUGUUCUUUCAGACAAUUUGAAGCUGGGGUUUCCUAUGCAUUUAAAAGUUAUUUAAGAUCAGAAUGAUGUUGAUUGUGUGUGUACAAAUACAAACAGUAUAACUUGGUGAUGGCAAAAUGGAAAAAGUCGGCAUGGCAUUUUCACAAUGAUUGUGUAUUGUUUGUCUCUGCUACAAACAAAUGGAAGCCUUGCAGUUAAAUUUAUGUAAUCAUUAGGUGCUCUUGUAUAUUUUAAUAUUAACACACCAAUAGCCAGGAAAUUCUGAAAUGUAUUUUUAUUAAAUUCUCUCUUAGGUCUCUUGAUCAUAUUAUAGGCUUUUGGAAAGUGAAAAGUGUAUUAUCUACUGCAUUUCCCCAUUUAUUAUAUAAAUAUGUAAAUAGCUUGGAUUUUCUCCCUCAUUCUAUUUAACUAUUGUGGUAAAUUGUUUUAAGUAUAAACAUGUUUCCCUGAAUACUACAUGAAGUUUUAUAAUUACAUUUGACUAAAAAUAGAGAGAGAACCUGAUAUUGGACAAA